CCCUACCCAGCACCAGGAGGAAAACGGCUUCUUCCCAGCUCACUGGGGGGAUGGCAAGAGCAUUUGGGAGCCCCUUGCAGCCCUGUUUAGGUGGGGAUGCCCCUGCCAGGGGGACAGCAUGAGAAGGCUCCACAUUGCCCAGUCCAACAGCGCACUGAACAGCUCCAGCAUCGCUUCUACCUACUCAGUAAAGAGCUUUCCCGCAGUAACCUUCCUGCGAGGCAGCUCACAUCCCCAGUGAGGUGAAGAGGAAGCUGGGCACUGAGGGAAGAAGACUCACCCACUGUGCUGCAGUGGAACAUGACAGAACCUCGUGCUCCUGGUUUAACCACAUCCAUGUUUGGUGGCAGACAGCCGAGAGAAGUGAUUUGUUGGAGGAAGUUGCUCUUCGAGCGCUGCUGAAGUCUGGCAGACCUGGCUGGGGGUUGCAUGUGCCUGGCUGCGGUCUCUAUCCUGCAGCAGUUUGCCAUGAGCAGAGUUCUGCUCUAUUUCCCGUCCCACACAGAAGAGAGCUGUUUGCCAUCUGCGGUACCUCCUUCGUGGAGGGAAGGAUUCAUUGGAUCUGGUUGUCAUCCACCACUCUUGUAUCUGGACGUCCUUUCUGUAAGGAAUGGAGUGAAUGUUGAAGGAGCAACACACAAGCAAGUGGUGGACCUGAUUCGUGCAGGAGAGAAGGAGUUAAUUCUGACAGUGUUGUCAGUGCCUCCCCAUGAGGCAGAUAACCUUGAUCCCAGUGAUGACUCUUUGGGGCAGUCAUUCUAUGACUACACAGAAAAACAAGCUGUGCCCAUCUCCAUCCCCACGUACAAGCAUGUGGAGCAGAAUGGCGAGAAGUUUGUGGUCUACAAUGUUUACAUGGCGGGCCGCCAGCUCUGCUCAAAGCGGUACCGGGAGUUUGCCAUCCUGCACCAGAACCUGAAACGGGAAUUUGCCAACUUCACUUUUCCACGUCUCCCAGGGAAGUGGCCAUUCUCUUUGUCAGAGCAGCAGCUGGAUGCCCGGCGGCGAGGGCUGGAGGAAUACCUGGAGAAAGUGUGUUCGAUACGUGUCAUUGGGGAGAGCGACAUCAUGCAGGAGUUCCUGUCGGAGUCAGAUGAGAAUUACAACGGCGUCUCAGACGUGGAGCUCCGAGUAGCGUUACCAGAUAUAACAACAGUGACAGUAAGAGUCAAAAAGAACAGCACUACAGACCAGGUGUACCAGGCCGUGGCUGUGAAAGUUGGAAUGGACAGUAUUACCGCAAACUACUUCGCCUUGUUUGAAGUGAUCAAUCACUCCUUUGUGCGCAAACUGGCGCCCAAUGAAUUCCCCCACAAACUCUACGUGCAGAACUACACCUCAGCAGUGCCAGGAACGUGCCUGACCAUCCGAAAAUGGCUCUUCACUACAGAGGAGGAGGUUCUUCUCAAUGACAACGACCUGGCAGUCACCUACUUCUUCCAUCAGGCUGUUGAUGAUGUCAAGAAAGGCUACAUCAAAGCAGAGGAGAAGUCCUACCAGUUACAGAAGCUGUGUGAGCAGAGAAAGAUGGUCAUGUAUUUAAACAUGUUACGGACGUGUGAGGGUUACAACGAGAUCAUCUUCCCCCAUUGCUCCUGUGACUCUCGGCGGAAGGGACAUGUGAUUACAGCCAUCAGCAUUAAGCACUUUAAACUCCAUGCCUGCACAGAGGAGGGCCAGCUGGAGAACCAGGUAAUAGCAUUUGAAUGGGAUGAAAUGCAGCGGUGGGACACAGACGAAGAGGGAAUGGCAUUUUGUUUCGAAUACGCACGAGGAGAGAAGAAACCCCGAUGGGUUAAAAUCUUCACCCCCUAUUUCAACUACAUGCAUGAGUGCUUCGAACGGGUUUUCUGCGAGCUCAAGUGGAGGAAGGAGGUGGAGGAGGAAGCAACAGACAAGGAUAACAAGAACUGCAGUAAAGACAAUAUGUGCAGCAAGAUCCUGCACGAUAACGCUCCCUGUGAUUGUGCUGGGGUAAACCCUCUAGUCCGAAAACACCGAGCAUGUGCUGCAUGGGGCGUAUUUGAGGAAGAAAGGCGAAGGUUUUGUGUGCAGUCAUGUGUGUGUUCCUGUGUUGCCCCUUCAGACUUAAAAGCAGGUGUUUGAUGUCUUCUCUACAAAGCCUGGAGACACCGAGAGGGAUUCGCUCGUGCUGCUCACAGGUGAACAGGGUGGCUCUGCAGAAACAAAGAGACGCAUUUUGCCUUAGCUGUGCUGGGACUCUGCUUCUCUUCGCCUUGCUCAGGGCAAGGGACUGAGGAUUGUCUGGCUCUGGAAAUUUAAAUGGCCUUGUUGAGCAGGGGAGCUGGUGGGUGAGUCAGGAGAGCUGGGGGCUGUGGAAGAACUGUGCUCAGAGCUGCUGGCUCCCAGGGACUGCUUAAAACUUGUCCCUUGCUUAUCCCCAGCAGCAAGUGAACCGGUUUCCCUCCAGGGAGGAGGAGGCAGCGGCAGCAGUGAAGGCGACAGACCUCCCUGGGAGGAUUUGUUGCAAUCGGCCAGCAAGCUGGGUACUGCGAGCCAGGCUCUGGGCUUCGUGAUGCAGCCUUGGAAUGCAGCAAAAGCUGCAAGGAGCAGCCUCUGCCAUCGCUUCUCCCCUCCCUGGGCCCCACACCUUGCUGCAGCCCCAGCGCCCAUCAAGCCACAGGCGUGGAGCCAAGAUGGGAGCCAAGCGGCCGCAGCUCAUGUGCCAGCCCAGCUCACGCGGGCACAGGAACAGGCUGCGGGUUGCGCUGGGCUCAGUUCUGCUUCCUGCCGGGGCUGCUGCUCAAGGGCUCGUCAAGGAGCAGCUCACAGCACUUGCUGAGCAUCGUCUCUUCCCCGCAGCCUGUGAUGUCUCUUCCUGGGGCCGCAGUAAUGGAUCUGGAAAUGGAAACCAGGGGAAUUGCUCUUCCUUCCCUCUUAAAUCAGUUGUUCCUCAGUACUAAACAUCCCAUUAGUUGCCUGCCAGGGAAAUAGAUUUUUCUCCCGUUCAAUUUAUACGUGUCUGCAUGAUUUCACUUGGUGUAAUGAGAGAAGGCCUUGGCUGUAGCUUCAGGGUGGUGUCUCCCCUGGGCUGUGCUCUGUGGAUCACCACCGCAGCUCCCACCAUCCCCAAUGCUCCCUUUGGGGCACGGUGUAUCCCCUGAAUGCUGCCUGUUCCUACCAAUUCCACCAGCGUUAGGGGAGAGAAGGUUGCUUCUGACCAGUCACUUAGUAAUUUUCUUUCCCCAGUGUAAAAUAAAAAGAUUGGUGGAAUUUGGCAGAUACUUUACAGAUAUAUUUAGUGCUCUGUAAACUGCUGACUUGCCUCCCAAACUGCAGAUGCUGGCCAAUAAUGCUGGCUGUGCUCAGGAAAAGCAGGUUUGAGGCUUUGCUGCUCUGCCGUCUUGAUGAGAAGUAAAAGCCCAGCUCUUUGUCGGACCCUUGUGGUCCCUGCUGCUCAUGCUGGGUGCUGAGGGGAGGGAUAUGGUGGCCCUGUUGUGUCCCUUCUCAGGAGGGAGGCUGAGCUGUGCAUGGCUCCUUGGAGGAUGAGGCUGGCUUGCUGCAGGUGACAAGCUCUGUUUGGGGACAUUGGGGUGGCUCAGACCUUAUAGAUGAAGUUGUGGGAGAGAGACCAUGCCAUGGGUUGGAGGGCAGUCACCGGUGACCCCUGUGACCAAGCUGGGGUAGGGGGGACACGAGGAAAUGGCUCUGUCCUCCUUUUGGGAGAGCUGAGCUGCCACUCAGCUUGGUUUAGCUCUUGCAAGCGUAAUCUGGGUUAUUUGCAGACUCUGGCCCUUUUCUAGAGGGAGGGAUGCUUGUGGAGCUGGGAGAGAACGGGACUUCAUGGGGGGGAUCUGUCCAAUUCCCAGGGCUCCUCCUGACCUCCUUCCUGCCCUCCUUUAAUCUCCUGCUCGAGCUUCAGCCAUUGGGCUGAGCCACUUUCCUUCAGGGCAUUAUUUGCCUUCUCCUCUGGCUGUCGUGGUCCCGUGUGCACGGGGAGGAUUCAUUAGUGCCAGAGAGGAGCUGGGAUAUGCCGGAUCAAGGGCUUCCAGCAAGUGCCAUGGCUCUCCAGAUCAGCAAACGCCAAGCAGGAGGUCCCUGGUGUGUCUGAACCCUAGGCUCAUCCUUAUCCCUGAGCUACCCUUGGCUCGGGGUCUCCCCCUGAACGCGACUGGCAUCCUCAUGCAUGGUGCAUCCUGGCAGCCACUGGGACCACUCUGGUCCUGGCUGGAUGAAGGUGUUGCUGGAAAGCCAGAGGAUGCCGUGGGACAGCCGGGAGGGUGUCCAGCACCCCGGUGUGAUGCAGAGGUGGGCAGAGCAGGAUGGUUGAAUCAUCGUGGGGCUGCUCAGUGCUGAAAUACUGAAGGGUAACACCAACAUGACCCUGCAGGGGGAUGGAAGCAGGGCUGACGGUGGGGAUGUCUGCCUGGGCCAGGGGUACUUCAGCAGCCCUGAAGCUGGCAGUGGGGAAGGGGUCCCACACCAAGGACACAGGAGCAUGCAGGUGGGAUCUUCUCCCAGAGUUGGCCCAGAGAAGGAGGAUGGCAAAAUCAUGCCAGCUCAGCUUGAUCUGGUGGGUGGCUCCCCUGAGCUGCCCUUCCCAAAACCUGCUGCUCCAUCAGGGCCACGGCAAAUCCCCAUAUAGGAACAGGUGCUUAAAUCCUGUCUGCUCCUGUAAGACCUGGCUUUCCCCAGCUCUUGCCACCCGGUUGAGCGAAGGCAUCUGCUCCCUGGGAGCCCUUAGCACAGGGAAGCCUUACAGCUGUGUGUGCAGGGUAGAUCCUCUCCUCUCCUGCCAUCCUGGUUAUAGGCCAGGAGCUCGCAGCAAGCUGGGAUGUGGCAGUAGGGCGUUAGAGCCCGGGGCGACCUGAGCUGGGAUGCGAUGUGCAUUGGCGCUGGGAGGGCUCCUUGCUCCAGGAGUAUUGCCUCGGGGGGAACUCUUGGAGAUGUAGGAUGUAGUUUGACUGCAAGCCCCUUGGUUUCUUGCCCUGCCUGCUCCCUGAGCCGGCUGGUUGGAUCGUUGCCAGUAGGGUUGAGGGCCGUCGGGGUGGUGAGGGGCUGGGGGGAUCUGCAGGGGUUUGCUGGGAGGACGUUUGCCCUGCAGGGAGUCCCUUGCUUUGUGUGGUGUCGGUGUUGGGACCAGGAGCAGUUCUGGCUGUCCCCAGGCUCUCAUGCUUAGGCUGGGGGACAGGCAAACCCCACGGGUCACCCCCUGGUCCCGUCUGUGCUCAUAGGGCUGCAGUGUAGCUUGGCCGGAGAGUCGAACCCAGCUCUUCCUGAGUGACAUCGCACUUUUAAUGUCCUUUUUCUUCUCUUUCAGAAUAUCUUUCAGAUGGUCAGGUCACAGCAGAGGGAUGCAGCCACUUAGCCCCUCGUCAUGGAAG